CUCAUGAUUUUGGCCUUAACUACCACCUCCACUAGCUAACACCUCACCACAAUCUCACUUUAAUCAGUUCUACAUCUGGCUCUCCCAUUUUGUCUCUACUCGUCUCAUCUACGGCUUUUGGUGUGAUGGGAGAGGAGAUAAGAAUAGAGGAGGUAGGGAUGAGAGAGAUGGAGGAGAUCGAAAGGGCUAUGGCGGUGCAGGUGAUGAAGGAGAAGGUCUACCCUCCUCGGCUUCACUCCCAUGAGGACGUUGCCAAUGACAAGGCCCUUUUUAUGAAUUCCCUGCGCCGUUUCCACUCCUCCAUGGGCACCAAGUUCUCGAUUCCCGUGUUAGGAGGUAAGGAGAUCGAUCUGCACCUUUUGUACAAGGAAGUGACUCAAAGGGGCGGCCUUGAUAAGGUGAUUUUGGAGAAAAGGUGGAGGGAUGUAAUAGCGGCAUUUGGUUUCCCUCCUACCACAACAAGUGCAUCCUACGUGCUGAGGAAAUACUACUUAAGCCUGCUCCACCACUACGAGCAGGUGUAUUUUUUUGGAGCCCAGGGGGCCCCUAUCCCUCCUUCAGCUUCGUCGCUUACCAAGACCCCAAAGAUCAAGGUUGAGCGUACUCUGGUUUCUUCUGAAUCGACGACAAAGAAGACUGGAAGACGGAAAAGAUCGGAGCAUCCGCAGCAAAGCAAAGAGUCAUGCUGUUUUACUGUGACUGGAUCAAUCGUUAGGAAGUUCGAGUACGGGUAUUUGGUGACGGUGCAAAUUGGCCCUGAGACACUGCAUGGAGUGCUCUAUCAUGUCAAGCAGCCUGGAGAGGCUUCACCCUCCACUCAUGUUCUGCCUCCGCUGAAUGCCGCUGCAGCUAAUGGCACCCUGACCGAAGACAGACGUAGGAAGAAGAGAAAGCGGAGAGGUUCUGACCCUGCACGCCCGAAGCCAAGCAGGAGCGCAUACAAUUUCUACUUUGCUGAACAACAUUCCAAGCUCAAAGCUCUCUAUCCCCAGAGGGAAAAGGAAUAUAGUAAAAUGAUAGGAGAGACUUGGAGUAGACUGACUGAAGAAGAAAGACUGGUAUAUCAGGCUCGUAGAGAUGAAGACAAGGAGCGAUACAUUAGGGAAAUGGAGGAGUACAGGGAGAAGCAGAAGCUCCAGCAGCAGUCCAAGGAAGUCAAGGAGGCUGAGCCAUCCAAUGUGAAUUGAUGAUGAACCUGAACGAAUGGAGUUCUGGUUGUCACGCUGUCAAGCGGUGAAGAGGGGUUACUGCGCACAUGGUAAAGGCAUUACAAGGAACCACAGGCAGAGUUCACCUCUCGGCGAUACCUGUUUUUAAGCUUGAGAGUUUCUGCAGGGACUAUACUGUUUGCUGAGAACAUUGCAGUAGUUGUGCAGGAAGAUAAGAUAGACAUAUGAUAGAUCCAAUGGAGACAGUAGUUCUAUAAUCACCAUGCCUUUUGGCAGUGGAACUUUAUUUGUUUGGAAACAUAAAUUUUCAUAUCUUGUGAGUGCUUUCCAUGGA